UGUAUUUUCAGGAACGCAGUGUAUUAAACUAUCUAAGCAACUAUGCUGGCUGCAAGGCUGGUAUGCCUGAGGGCAUUAUCAUGCCAGACCAUCCACCCCACCCUUGCUCAGGCUUCCCCAGCUUUGAGGAACUCCAAUAUAAAAGCAUACAGGCUGUGGCAGCCUAACCAGUGUUAUGCCACCAGAGUAAGAACGGGUGUGAGGCGUGGAAAAAUUGGCCAGGAAAUUAAAGAAGCAGCAUUUGAGCCAUCUGCAGAAACAGCACUUAAAGCUGAUCGCCUGGGGAAGUUUAUUGUUGCUGGAGGGGCUGCUGUUGGCCUGGGGGCCCUCUGUUACUAUGGAAUGGGCAUGUCUAGUGAGAUUGGAGCUAUCGAAAAAGCUGCUAUUUGGCCACAGUACGUGAAAGACAGGAUUCACUCCACUUACAUGUACUUUGCGGGAAGCAUUGGCCUGACAGCACUGUCUGCUGUGGCAGUCAGUAGGACCCCAGCACUCAUGAGCCUUAUGACAAGAGGCUCCUGGCUGGCAAUAGGUGCAACUUUUGCAGCCAUGAUUGGUGCUGGAAUGCUGGUCAGGUCCAUAUCCUAUGAAGACAGUCCAGCAGCAAAACACUUGGCUUGGAUGUUGCAUUCUGGUGUCAUGGGUGCGGUGGUGGCUCCUCUAACCUUCUUGGGUGGCCCUUUGCUGAUCAGAGCUGCCUGGUAUACUGCUGGCAUCGUCGGAGGGCUCUCAACUGUGGCCAUGUGUGCUCCAAGUGAAAAAUUUCUGAACAUGGGAGGACCACUUGGAAUAGGCCUAGGCUUCGUUCUUGCCUCUUCAAUUGGAUCCAUGUUCUUGCCUCCUACUUCUGCUUUUGGUGCUGGCUUGUAUUCAGUAGCUGUCUAUGGUGGAUUGGUGCUCUUUGGCAUGUUCCUGCUCUACGAUACGCAGCACGUUAUCAAGCGUGCGGAAACUCUGCCCUAUUAUGGAGUGACCAAAUAUGAUCCCAUCAACGCGUGCAUGGGUAUCUAUACAGAUACACUGAACAUCUUCAUUCGGGUGGCCACCAUGCUUGCAGGUGGUGGAGGUGGCAGGAGAAAGUAAACCGAGACUCUUCUUUGCAGCUGUCUGACAGCCUACCUAGUGCACAUAUUAAAUAAAAAUUCAUGGUUACAAGCAGUAUGCUGCAAGUCAGAAGUUUAAAUAAUUUCAGUAUAUUGUUUCAGUGCAAUGUGAUUCAGACUUAAUAGUUUUCUUCAAACACUUUCCAGCUCUGUGUUUGAAGUAGUGUGAACUGCUUCUAAUUGUACAUUACUUGGGAAGAGUAAAUUAUUUUUAAUAUCUGAA